UCAAAUUUAACGGUCAAAAUGUUGCAAAUAUAUAUGUUUCGAUAGGUCGACAUAGCGUAUGUUGUACGCCAUCUUAGUGGGGUACUAUUACCGCCAAUCUACUACGUUUCAAUGAAUUUUGUUACUUACUAUAUAACUAAAAUUUAGUAUUAUUUUCGGAUUGAUGUCUCUAAGUAUUUGAUUAGUUUAUUAUUUAAACAAUCGGUUUUUAUUCUUUGAGUUCUAUGUGGCAGCAUGUCAAGCCAGUACUGUUUUCUCUGUGCGAGUGAUGAAGGUGUUUUCUUGGAUGUUACAGCGGACAAUAAACAAAUGUAUUAUGACCAACUCGAAAUCUGCUCACUUAUUAAGGUACUAAAAGCAGAUCAAUUACCAACUAAAAUUUGUCACAAAUGUGCAUAUGAAUUAAAUCAAUGCAGCUCUUUUAUAGAAAAAUAUAAACGUACUACAAAGCAAAAAAUAAAUGUUCGCAGACAGUGUUGUAGUCUAUGUCGUGAACCAGCAAAAAACGAAUUUAUCUUUGAUAUUAGUAAAGAGAAGAACUUGCAGUAUAAUCCAUUUCACAAAAUACAGGAACUCCUUAAUACAAAGAACAGUGGAAAUGUUUAUGGAGAUUAUAAAUUCAUAUGUUUAUCUUGCCGAUAUGUGAUAGAUGUAUUGAUAGAUUUAAAGAACAUAUGUGAAGAAACUACAAUUAAAUUGGAAGAUACAGCUGAUAAAAAAAUAAAUUACUUAACUUUCCCUAAGAUAAAAACAACCAUUGUAAAUCGUAAAACUACCAGCACUGAACCUAAUAGAAUAAAUUUAAACGCAUUUCUGGAAUCAGAGAGUGAUUCUGACAGAAUGACCCGCACACGAUCUCGAAAUAACAAAUUAAGCGAACAAACAAAGUCACAAGUUUGUAGUAAAUGUCAUAAUUCUAUUAAAACUGAUGAUGAUAUAUUCAAGAUUCAUAAAACAGGAGAAAUUGUAUGUAAAUGUUGUUGGAAAAAUAUGGAUAUUUGUAAAAGUAAACCUGAGAAAGAAGUGUCAAAUGACAAACAAAUCAAACUUUGUACAGUUUUUUUAAAAGAUGUAUUAAAAGAUUCUAAAAUAAAGAAGGAGAAGCUCUAUAGGAUUGAUGAGGAUGAUGAAGGCAAUAAGACAUAUGUUGUAAUGGCCACAAAUUUGACAAAUGAAAAUAAAUCCAGUAAGCCAGUUAGUGAUAUAAGAAAUGAUAUAGAAAAGCAAAGUCAAAAGCGUUCUAGUAAAAGUGUAAGGACUGCAGAUAAGGACUCAAGUAAUGAAGAUGUACCUAAUAAAAAACACAAACCUGAUGCAAAAGAAAUAUGUGAUACUGACUCAAAGCAGUCCAGUUUGGUUGCACAACAGACAAAGCAAGUUACACAGAAAGGUGGUAAGCAUAAUAUUAAUCAAAGUUUUGAUUCAGAUUCUUCUAUUCCAAAAAUUGCAAAAAAUAGCGGCCGCCGUUUAACAAGACAUAAACGAGCAACUGGCUCAUCCUUAUCGGAUGCAGAUAUUGACAAUAAGUAUAAUCGUAAAAGAUUAAAAACUAUUUUAAGUGGUAUUCCUAUAAGAGGAAAUCGUAAUGUAGACGUGAGUGACGAAUCGUCGUCAAAUGAGGAUGUUGUAUUAAAGAGAAAGCGAUUGAGCUUUACAAGUACUUCAUCUGUUACUAUAGAAAUAUGUGAUGACGAUAACGAUCAGGAAAACUUUGAAAAGAAUAUACGAAAAACGAACAGAAAGAAUACUAAAAAACUCGCGAAACUUCCUACAGUUACAAAUUCCCAAGAAUUGCAGUCUCCAAAAUCUGAUGAUAAAGAUGAUAUAUUUAAGACUCAAACAUAUGUAUGCGAUGAAUGUGGAGCUAGUUAUGAAAAUAAAUUUAUAGGUUUGACACACAAAUUGACGCACUAUAAACAACCACAAUUAAAAUUACAGAAAUUAAGUAAUGAAACUUGGAUGAAAGAAACAUCAGGUCCAAGUGAAGCACUAGAUGAUCAAGUAGAAGAUUUGUCUGAGACUAUAAAAAUUACAGUAGAAGAUGAUGAAGAAGAAUUGAUGGAAAGUGAAAAGAAUUUUAACACAAGUAACCAUGCAGAUAUAAAUUCUAAUGCAGGAAGUAAUAUUAAUUCGCCUAAAAAGGAAGUAGUAGAAGAUGCUGUUGAUGUAAAACUUGUCAUGAAAGAAUCUGAUGAUGAUCAAACACAUAAGACUGAGAAAGAAACAGAAGAUCUACAAGAAGAUGAAGUUGCAGAAAUAAACAUCAUAAGUCCGUCACAAAAUGAAACUAAAACUAAAGAAGACACGGAUAAGGAAAGUGAAAAAGAAAAUGAGGAUAAUUAUAAUAAUAAUGAUGAAACUGAUAAAAAUAUUCAUGAGUCUAUAAAAUGUGUGAAGUCAGAAGAAAUAAUGAAAAUUUCACAUAGUGAUUCUGAAGACAAACAAAAAAAUAAUAAAGAAAAAUAUAAGCAGAUGGAGGAAGAUAAACAAGAAAACGAGAAAGAUAAACAAGAAAACGAGAAAGAUAAACAAGAAAACGAGAAAGAUAAACAAGAAAACGAGAAAGAUAAACAAGAAAACGAGAAAGAUAAACAAGAAAACGAGGAAGAUAAACGAAAAAACGAAAAAGGUAAACAAGAAAACGAGGAAAAUAAACGAGAAAACUAUAAAGGUAAACAAGAAAAUGAGGAAGAUAAAUGUAAGGUAGAGGAAAAACAAACUAAAAUAGUUGAAGAAGUUGAAAAAGUUAAAGUAGUUGAAGAAGUUAAAGUAGUUAAAGAAAGAGGUGGAGAAGAAGAUGAAAAGAGAGAUUUAGAUAUUAAAGAUGAUGAGGAAGGAAAACAGGAAAAGGAACGAAAGGAGGCGAUGUGCAAUGGGCAAGCGAUUCAAACGAUUAAUAAAGAAAGUUUAAAGAAAUUCAGUGAAAAUUGUGUUGAAGAUACCAUGGAAGCAAAUGAUAUUGAUAUUUCAAAGAAGAUUGAACAAAGUGAUAUUAAACAAAAAGAAACGAACAACAGAAUGGACGUAGCCGAUGAUGAAGGUGAUUUAACAAUACUUGCCAAACAAAGAUCGCCUAAAUCGAUACAAAAAAUAAUAUCUUGUAAUGAAAAUAGAAUGCAAAUAAAAGUAGAUGAUUCUGAUUCAAAAAAAUCAGAAGUUUUGGAGAGGACUGUGUUACUCGAAGAAGAUACGACUGAUAAGGAGAAUUUUAAUAGAAAUGAUUUGGAAAUUGUGAAUGUAGAUUCUCCACAACGAAAAGAUUCAAUAAGCGAUUCUGCAAAUGCAGCAGCAGAAGUGUUACGAGAAGUACUUGAUUUAGCAAGUGCAGAAGUUGUAAAACGACAAGAAGUUAUUGAUAUAAAUAUUGACACUGAUUCCAUCGAAACAGAGACUUUGGGAAACAUAUCACAUGAAAUACAAAAUAUUGUUGAUAUGCCAUCUCUCAAAAUUGACGACUCCAAAACUGAAAAUGAAACACAUGUGGAGUAGUGUAUAAAUAUACAUAUAUAUUUAUGAGAUCACUUUUUUAUAAAACUUAAAUAUAGUUUUUACACAGUCAAAAAGUCAAGUUUCCUCCGCUUCUGUUGCUUAGAAGAUAUAUCAUAUUAUUAAUUCUCAUUUACAUGAAAGGUAUAAAAUGGAACAAUCAUUUCAUUGGUAUUUCAAAUUAAAAGAUGAAGUGUACAAUGGUAUUUUACUUUUCAGAGAUUAGUAGCCUUUUGUAUACAAGUUCAUUUUAACAUAGAAACACUUGAAAAUAUUUUACGACAUCACAUACACAAAUGCCUAUAAUUUUGUGUCAUAUAAUUCGUUGUGGAAGCGUUAUUCGUUGUCAUAGACUAAUAGUAUGUGACUUCUACACACACACACACACACACAUACACACACACACACGAUAUUUAAUGCUCUUUUGUAUUUUUGUUUGUGCAACAAAAAAGAUUAUAUUAUAUUAUGUUAUAUUAUAUACUCUUAAAAAGCUUA